AUUGUUUGUUGUUCGGUAUCGUUAUAAAAAACUCCAUAGUAAACCUCGAGUGUAUAGAGUGAAAUGAACAGAGCAAGAACGAUCUAAUGUCGACAAAAUUGACUUGGUCGCAAUGGUCUAAAAAGAAUGAACUUCCUAGAAAGCUCUUACAUACAUCAAUUGGUUUCAUCACGUUAGGAUUCCAAUGGUAUGAAUUUCACGCUGAGCAAAUUACCCCGUAUUUAGCAUUGGGUUUUAUUUUAGUCUUAACAGGAGAUAUCAUAAGAUUCCAGUGGCCAGCUUUUAGCCGCUUGUACAAUCGAGUUAUGGGUCCUUUGAUGCGUGAAUCUGAGAAAAACAAUUGGAACGGUGUUAUAUUUUAUUUAGUAGGAACGUUAAUUGUGUUAAAUUUUUUACCAGAGGAAAUUGCGGUAAUGAGUAUUUUACUUCUAUCUUGGUGCGACACGGCAGCUUCUAGUUUUGGUCGCAAAUAUGGAAAAUACACACCAAAAAUCGCUAAAAAUAAAAGCUUAGCCGGUAGUAUUGGUGCAUUUGUUUGCGGGGUCUUAGCAUCUUUUGUAUAUUGGGGAAUUAUUCGGAGGGGCCCGAAUAAUCUGGCACGUCAAUCUUGGAUGCCCUUUCCAGUACUUUGUGUAGUGAACGGACUAAUUGGUGCUGUUGCAGAAGCAAUGGACGUUUGGGGUUUAGAUGAUAAUGUGGUGAUUCCCGUUGUGUCCGGUGGUUUGUUAUAUUUACUAAUGUGAACCCAUUACCCUAUUGAACGCUGUUCCAUAUGUGCGUGCUUUCAUAAAAGUAAAAACAAACCAAAAAAGCCAGCUAAUAACCAUCGAUGUUGAUGCAGCUACUAAAUGACUUCCUUGUUCUUUAAUUUUUUCCUCUAACAUUCCGUUAUGUAUUCCGCAUGAUAUCCGCUUUAUUCCUCAAGUUAUUUAACAAUCGUUUUAAUGUUUCCUACCAUAGAUUCCAUAUCAAUGCAAUUAAUUGAUCUAAAAAAAG